UAAAAAUAACAACUUAUCGUCCUGUUGACCAAUUGUGUAUUGUGCCCGUGGCGCAGCUGGUAUUGUUAAUAAUUCUUCAAGGUACCAAAUGAAUAGGGAUAAAUGGUAGCCGCGUAAGUGCAAAGAACCCGACACUUGAACAACUUCUAACCUAUAGUUGUUCACUGGUGAAUUGCGCGCCGGUUGUUACUCACGCGGUAGAUUAACGCAGCGAUGUCUCGGGUAAUAUUUCCAAAUUUCCGUUCUCGCGUCUACGAGGAAUUUACGAAAUUUACGAUUCACCUCUUUUUCUUUAUCGCCGCACUGGAACUGCAUUCUCGCUUUCACCGUCAGACUUAACAAUUGCAUAAUUGUUAUUACUAUCGCGACGCACAAUAGCUCUAUCGCACGGUAGAAUGAACAGGACUCUAAAGGGACUUUUGCGAUUGUAUCCGCAAACGCGCAAUUGGACAGUCCUAUCGAAUUAUAUAGUACCGCUGCAGGCGUUACAGAAGAUAUCGCGAACUUACAACACUGGUUUGACGGAACGUUCCUCAGAUCAUACACGGCUCGAGGAUUGCGUGUCGCCGACAGAAAAAAAUUAUGUGUCUGCCGACGUUAAGACGACGCCAAAAUCUAUGGAGAUAUUAGAGAAGGCAGCGAACAAUUAUAGAAAUAUGGGUAUAUCCGAGGCUAUCGACACAAUACAUGCACUGUUUAAAUCUUCAAAGUACACGGAGGAAGAGUUGAAGAGUAUCAAGCAGCAUAUAGGCUUCACACGUCUGUGGGAGGUGUUGAAUUCGAACGUUAGACAUAUGAAAACAAAUGAGAUUAUUACCACUCUGAGACUGCUGGCAUAUUUCAAGAUACCAUCCACCUGCUUUCUAACUCAGUCGCUGUUGCAAAUGAUUCGCGCGGACGUAAAUCAGGCGUCUCUCCAUGAUAUAAUCAACAUAAGUGUGUCGCUAAAGAGAAUGGAUAGCACGCCGUUGAGGGACGCUCUGUUGAUAGCGCUGCCCAUCGUCUUCGAGGCGCAGCUGCCUACGAAAUUAGACCCGGAUAAUAUUUUUAUGCUGACACAGUCAAUGAGAUUCAUUAGCGAGAACAAUGUCAAUAAUCCAUACGUGCAAGAUAUGAUAUUCAAGUUGUUGCAGAAGAAGUUCGAACAUUUCGACGCACGGUCGGUUUGGUCCGUCUUCUGCAGCCUGUGCGUCACCUCUUAUCUGUCUCCGAUAGCUUUUGAAUUGCUGUUCGAUAUUCAAAGGAUUCUAAUAAGGGACGUGAAACAAUUGAGUGUCAUGGAUAUAAUGACGGCGCUCCAGAAACUCGUCGUUGCAAGGAACAAAGAAUUCGGAAGCAGGUUCUACAAUGAGGCGCUGGUGGAUGCUUUCGUCAGCUCGGCAUUGUCUGCAGAGAUCUCUUUUUACGACAGUAUCUACCUGCUGAGAUAUUUGAACGAGCUCAAUUACGUGCAUAUACCCUUGCUGGAAUAUUUAGCCGCGAAAUGCUUUGAGAAUCCGAAUCUGCUAAAGGACGCGUCGUAUUUUAGAAUAUCCAUUUUCUUGGAAGGGUUAAUUAACGCCGAUUACAAGCCGGUAUUUUGGGACGUUAUACGAGACGCGAUACUGGCGAAUAAAGUGGAGAACAAAAUUUUCAACAAGUCUAUGAUCAAAUUUGCUCUGCAUUUGAUCGCAUUAGAUUGUUAUAGCCCGAGCUUAAUCAGCAAAGUCUUUUCCCAGAUUGUAAGAAGUAACGAACCGAUGAUGCAUACUCAUUUGAGGGAGUUGUUACUUUUGUACCAAAGCGUUAAGACGCUGUACCCCAUGUACGAUGGACCCUGGCCGUUGAGAGAUCUACUUGAACAUGCUAUAAGCAUACGCAAGACGUUGCUCACUCCGUUACUUCCUACAUUUUCGUUAAGGACGGCAUUGGAACUAGCGCUGGGUGGUCCUCAGUACGUUCACAAUGACUUGAGUACGAAACUUGGACAUUACAUUGAUCACGUUAUUGUAAUGAGGAAAGGUGGAUAUCCCAUUGCAAUUAACACAGUUACAUCUAACGAAAAUAAUGAAACAUACGUCGAGGAUAUACAAACUCCAAACGAGAGUCAGAUGAUACUCAUCUUCAAUUUACCUGACGUUGCGUACGCCGUGAAUUCUCAGAGGAUAAAGAGUACAUGGCUAUUGAAAAUGAAAUCCGUGGAGGCGUUAAUGAAAACCACCGCAAUCGCGAUAAAUUCUAGUUCUUGGGUAAAACUGCCCGAAUACGAAAGGCUGCCUUAUCUGAUGCAAGCUAUAAAGCUAAAAUGUGAAGAUGACGCAUUCUUAACAAAAUGAAACAUUUUAUAAUUAAUAUACAAAUUAUUUUGCGUAGGAUUCUCGUCGAAUAUAUUCAACAAGGAAGAUGUAUCUUGUACGAUACAAACGUGACAAGUGUACAUUACAAUGAUUAAUUGUACAGCUGUAUAAAUGAUUUAAAAAAAUAUAUAUAAGAAAUAAUUUGCUUAUAUAUAGUCGUUUGAGAGAAUAAAGAAUACGAGAUGCGUAGUUUAAACAAUUUA